UUAGGGUCUUCUUUCUCUUUCAAUGUUCUGUGUUUUUUUGAAGGGAAGGAGGGAAAUUAAUGGAACAGUUGCUGUUCGUUCCUAAAUGCUGUCUUAGCAGACACACAUACGCAACCGAUAUUUGAAACCAACUAAGAUUUCGUUGUAAUCUAACAAAGACCAACCUGUUCAUUGCGUUUGCCCUUCUCUCUCUCUUUCUCUCUCUCUAACAUUGGAACCUGCGACCAGUGGACCUGUUCACUAGCAGGUCUCUCUAUCUAUCGCUCGCUUAUUGGUUAUCUCCUCUCACUGGGAAUGCGGUUUAGAGCAAAGAAAAUUAUGUUUUGUUCUGUUCAGCUUGGGACCUUUGAAUUGGAAGUCACCGAAUGCAUUCCUUUCGUUAAUAUAAUUUUCAGAGGAUCGGAAAUCCAACUGUAGCGGCUGUUGUUGUUGUUGUUGUUGUUGUUGUUGAUGCUUCUCUCCCACAUCUCAAUCCUUGCUCAUAUUGUCUCAUGGACUUGAUCUGGAGUUACAAUGGUGCUCCUGAGUUUGGGCAUUUCUUCAUUGCUAUCUACUUUGCCUUCGGCUUCGUUUUUGCCAGGUUCUUCCUGGAUAACUUCAUGUUUCGUAGGCUGGCCAUCUGGUCAUUAAGUAGUGGAGCUGAUCCAGUGAAGAUUUGUGAGGCUAAACAGGCAAAAAUUGUGAAAAUUUCAGAGUCUUUGUGGAAGCUAACAUACUAUGCUGUGGUCCAAGUAUCUGUUCUUACAAUUACAUACCGUGAGCCCUGGUUCAAAGACACCCAAGGAUACCUUAGAGGCUGGCCAAAUCAAGAGCUUAAGUUCACUAUGAAGCUUUUCUACAUGUGCCAAUGUGGGUUCUAUAUCUAUAGCAUUGCCGCUCUCAUUACAUGGGAGACUCGAAGGAAGGAUUUCAGUAUAAUGAUGUCUCAUCAUAUAAUUACUACUAUCUUGAUUGGAUACUCAUACCUUACCAGGUUUUUCCGGAUUGGUUCAAUUAUCCUUGCUCUGCAUGAUACAAGUGAUGUAUUUCUAGAAGCUGCUAAAAUAUUCAAAUACUCUGAGAGAGAAUUCGCGGCUAGUUUGUUAUUUGGCUUCUUUGCUCUCUCAUGGCUCAUCCUAAGGCUAAUAUUCUUUCCAUUUUGGUUGAUUAAGACAUCAUGUUAUGAUGUCUGUGAACUCCUGACGCUAUCAGACCCCUAUCUUUGUUUGUUGUACUACAUGUUCAAUACCAUGCUAUUGACGCUACUUGUGUUCCACAUAUACUGGUGGAUUCUCAUAUCCUCAAUGGUCUUGAGACAAUUGAAAAAUAGAGGAAAAGUUGGAGAAGAUAUUCGAUCAGAUUCGGAGGAUGAAGACUAGUGGUGGAUACGAGUGGUUUUGGUCAGUCAUCUUUCUUGUGGGGAUAUACAUGCUGACUUGCUCAUGGUGUGGAUAUUUACUGAAUCAGCUUUGAAAAGCUGCUUAUCAGGCCUUGGAAGUUUCUAAUUUUCAUCUGUUAUUCUGUCCUUUAUGUUAGCAGAAAAGAGAAUUGGGCCAUCAAAGAAUAUUUAUGCUUGGUCACCAUUGUUCUAUAUUAGGCUUCUUGUAAAAUCCAUUUGCAAGAUUUUUGGUGUCGAAACUUUUUUUUUUUUAAAUGAAAAAUGAGAUAUACAGUAA